AUGGCCGACGAGAAGCCGUCGGUCCUGAUCAUUGGUGGCCUUGGCUACAUUGGCCGAUUCCUCGCCCUCCAUAUCCACAAGAACAACCUGGCCUCUGAGGUGAGGCUGGUCGACAAGGUCCUACCGCAACUGGCCUGGCUAGCUCCCGAAUUCUCGGAAGCAUGCUCUCAGGAUAAGUUCAUGCAGGCGGAUGCCAGCCGAACAGACGGCCUGGCGAGAAUAUUCGAUCGAGCGGAUGGCAAGCAAUGGGAUUAUGUCUUUAACUGCGGCGGCGAGACACGAUACUCCCAGGAAGAUGAGGUUUACAAGCUGCGAUCUUUGAAUCUGUCGCUCGCCGUCGGGCGUGAGGCCGCCCAGCGAAAAGUCAAGGCGUUUGUCGAGCUAAGUACGGGCAUGAUCUACAAGUCGGAUUCGUCACCAAGCAAAGAGGGAGACAAGCUCAAGCCAUGGAGCAAGAUCGCCGUCUUCAAAUUGCAGGCCGAGGAGGAGUUAGCCAAGAUUGAGGGACUCAACCUCAUUAUUGUACGCCUCCCUCACGUUUAUGGCCCAUAUGCGUCGCAAUGGGUCGCGACUGCGCUGUGCAUGGCCCGAGUAUACCAGCACCUCGAGUCGGAGAUGAAAUGGCUCUGGACCAAGGACCUACGAACCAACACCGCGCAUAUUACGGAUGUGACCCGAGCUCUGUGGGACAUCACUGCCUGGUAUGAGGCAGGUAAGAAGAACUGGGACGAGGCAUCCAUGGGUAAGGUGCCUACAUUCAACGUUGUGGACAAGGGCACCACGUGUCAAGGGACACUGGCAAACAUCAUCGGCGAGGUUUUCAAGAUCGAGACCGGCUUCCAGGGACAACUUAUUAGCACUUUCGCCAGGCUCAACCUGGACAGUGUUGUCGACGAUGUCAACGACGAGGUCCUUGGCCCUUGGGCGGACUUGCUCCAGGCUGCCGAAAUUACACGCCCCGGGCCUUUGUCGCCAUUUAUGGAGAAGGAGUUGCUCAAGGAUACCGAUCUCAGCAUGAAUGCCGACCGACUGGACAACUUGUUGGGUUUCAAAUACGAGCACCCAACCAUGACGAGAGAGCUCAUCGAGGAGGUCAUUGAAAGCUACAAGAAGAUGAACUGGUGGCCUUGA